AUAAGUACCGCAAAAAAGAAACUUGUCUACACUUCAAAACACAGGAAUACAGAGAGAGAGAGAGAGAGAGAGAAGAGAGGAGAGAGAGAGAGAGAGAGGAGAGAAGAGAGAGAGAGAGAGAGAAGAGAGAGGAGAGAGAGAGAGAGAAGAGAGAGAGAGAGAGAGAGAGAGGGAGAGAGAGAGGAGAGAGAAAGAGAGAGAAGGAGAGAGAGAGGAGAGAGGGAGAGAAGAAGAGAGAGGAGAGAGAGAGAGAAGAGAGAGAGAGAGAGAGAGAGAGAGAGAGAGAGAGAGAGAGAGAGAGAGAGAGAGAAGAGAGAAGAGAGAGAGAGAGAGAGAGAGGAGAGAGAGAGAGAGAGAUAGAGACAUUGAGAGAGAUAUAGAGAGAGAUAGGGAGUAACGUGAGAUUGAAGAAGAGUAUU